UGCGGGGUGGCGUCGGGGAGCGCUGUGCAAUGGGGAGCAGCCCCUCUUCCAACGGAGGAGGGGGGCGGUCGGUCGAAGGGGUGGGGGGAACCCAGGAAUAGAUGCCCGGGGUGGGAUAGCUUCCUUGCGCACCUCGCCUUUUGCAGCCGCGCGCCGCGUCUGCAACAGGAGCCGGCGAGCUAUUUGCAAGCAAGCAACCCGACUCCGCUGCACCGCCAGCCUUGGCUGCUUUUCUGUGUGCGCGCGUGGCACGUUUGCAUUUCCGUGGCUUGCUAUGGGCAUGCGCGGCGACCAAGUGGUUUUUUUUCCGGUGGGGCCGGAGGCGCGCAGGCCAGCGGCACCCCGAGCCAGAAGCGCGCAGAAACACUAUGGAGACUGCCAGCCACAGCCUGAUCCUCCUGCAGCAGCUGAACAUGCAGCGGGAAUUUGGCUUUCUCUGCGACUGCACUGUGGCCAUAGGAGACGUCUACUUCAAAGCACACCGAGCUGUCCUGGCUGCCUUCUCAAACUAUUUUAAGAUGAUAUUCAUCCACCAGACAAGCAGCGACUGCAUAAAGAUCCAGCCAACAGAUAUCCAACCUGACAUAUUCAGCUACUUGCUGCAUAUAAUGUACACUGGCAAAGGACCCAAACAGAUCGUCAACCAGACCCGGCUGGAGGAAGGCAUCCAUUUCCUGCACGCCGACUACCUUUCCCGCAUGGCUGUGGAAAUGAAUCAGAUGCUGUCGCCGGAGUCCGUGCAGUCUUCGAACCUGUACGGCAUCCAGAUCUCCACCACGCACAAAUCCGUCAAGGGAGGCCUCCAGGCGAAGGAAAGUUUGACGAGCCUCGGGAGCAGAACCGCCGGCCAAAGCGAUCACCCCCAGCUGCAGCUCUCGUUGGCCAUUGGGCUCGACGACGGCUCUUUGGACCAGCAGCUUUCUCAUCCUUCGCUCCCUCCGGCUGUGAAGCCGGCAGAGGAGCUUCCAAACGCUCCCGUGACUAUAAAACAGGAGAAAAGCGACCCGGAACAAGUGGUGUCUCAGAGCCACACCUCGUUGUCCCCGGAUGUCAGCGGCCCGGCCUUUUCUAGGACGAACCUCAAGGUCCAUUUAUGCCAGUACUGCGGGGAGCACUUCGAAUCCCGGAGCAAUCUGCGCGAACACCUCUUCACGCACGUCUCGGGAUCGCUGCCGUUUGGGGUUCCGGCCUCGAUCCUGGAAAGCAGCGACCUUGGCCAGCUGCAGCCCCUGCACGAAAACCACGAGGCCGCGGAAAGCCACCGGCUGGGCUCCUUCCUCCGGAAAGAGGACGAGCGCCACCUGGAGCAUCCGGCGCACGGCAGCUUGGAGCCUCUGCCCAUCGGCCAGCUGUCUCUGGUUUCCAAGGAUUCUGAGCCGGUGGAACUGAACUGCAACUUUUCCUUCUCGCGGAAGAGGAAGAUCAGCUGCGCGGUUUGCGGCCACAAGUUCCUUCGCAAGAGCCAGCUGCUCGAGCACAUGUACACCCACAAAGGCAAACACUUCAAGCUGGGCCGGUGCCAGAGGCUGGGCGGCUCGGCAGCCCCCAAAUUUCAGCUGCUUGGGAGCAGCUGGACUCCAGUGAAGAGCACCGCCCUCUCGCAAGCUCACGCGGAUUCGCAUAACGCGCCGGAUCCUGACCUCUCCCAAGAGAGUAUUGACACCAUACUGGUUGAAUAGCUCCUUUCCUUUUUCCUGUGUGCGUUUUUUGCCUGUGAAUUCCUGCACUCCUUUCAACGUCUCUCUCGUUGUCGCUGAAGGUGUUUUCUGUCUUCUUGCAAAAUAGGAAUCGGCAGACUGAAAGCCCUGUUCUGGGUUGUCUCAUGGACUCGGUUGCGCGGCUGUUUCUCACGCUUCUCCAGUAACGUAUGCACUGGGGAGACCACAUGGUAAGGGGCAGGUGACAUGGCUGUGCAUUGCUGCAAAAUGCAAACUAAAUUGAGUGCACUCCCACACCUGAAAUCAUAUGAGAUGUCAGAGGUAGGUACAGAUAAGAAUGCAGCUUCAAAGGAACAAUCGGACAUGCUUAUAGUGCGCUCACACGUGUUUUCUUUUGCAAGAGGAACUUACUGUCAGAGCUGAUUGCUGCCAUCAGCAAGCCCUGCUUUGCCCAAUUGCAGGAGUGGUUUGAAUGCAAACCACACCUGCAGAUGGACUUCAAACAGGGUUUCCCCAAACUUGGGUCUCCAGCAGUUUUUGGACUACAACUCACAUCAUCCCUAGCGAGCAGGUCGGGGAUGUUGGGAAUUGUAGUCCAAAAACAGCUGGAGGCACAAGUUUGGGAAACCCUACUCUGUGAUGAGCCCCUUUGACAGUGGUUCUCUAGCAAUGUCCCUCCAGUGGAUCCUGCAUGCCCUUGACUAGAUUUCAGACCCAGGAAAUAUCCCUUUCAGAGACUGAGGAAAACAGCAGGGCCAGAGAUCUCAUUCCCUCUAUGGCAGUUCCAUGUGUUCACAUAACAACACAUUUUAUGCUAGCCCCAGCAUUCUUGCAGAUGGAAUAGCCUGUAGAGUUUGUUAUAUAGGGCUAUCGCCAGUGUAUAGAAAGAGUAAAUAAAGUGGCCAGGAGCAGUCGUGCCCUGAAGCCACUUUUGAGGCUGCACCUGGAUUGAGUUUCGGCUGCCCCUGCUGCAUCUCUGCAGGCUUCCCCGUUCUGGCCUCACACCCUCCCAAAGAGCUUCCACCCGGGAGGCUGAUUUUGUGGCACCUGCUCAUCAGGUGUGAUUGGGUAGUUCAACCUGCGAUGCAGAGAUGGUUACAAGACUGCCCAGCCUCAGGGGAAGCCUCUCGUCGCCCCUCUGGAUGAGUUGCUGUCCACGAGGCUUGUCUCAAAUCGGUGACUCCUGCAGAAACACAUAGAAUUGGUCCCUCUGGGGAACCUUUUGGAGACAGCAAAGGAAGUGAUGAACAAGAUCAGGUUAAAAGCAGGCAGAGCAAUGGAUAGAUGUAGCCUACAGCCCACCCAUUCCAAAUUCAUGUUUCUAUACACUCAAGAGAGGUGCAGAAUCCUGCAUUUGUCCCUCUAGGUCUGAGGUUCUCCAACACUGCUUGGAAAAAUCUUUUCACAUGUAAGUGGUGUGUUCCUUCAAUUCAGGAGAAAAAGGCGCAAGUUUGUCAGUUUUUGGAAGUCU